AUGAAUAAUAAUGAACAAAAUCCUCUGCCUGACGAUCCAGGCAGCCGUCCUGGAAGCGGCAUCCAGGAGGCGAACCUAAUUCGACUAAUAGAUCUAGAGAACAGACCUGCCAGCGCCAUGAAUAAAGAUUCAGAGCAGAAGCACCACCCCGCUCGAGAUCUAGACGACGACAAUGACGACGAUUCCCUGUUCGAAGCGCUCGAGAAUGAGGAUGACUCGGCCUACCGUGCGCAUCGCAUCGAACAACUCAAUGCCGAGUUUUCUGCGUCCAAAAACAACCGAUCCUCUUUCCGCGAUCCAGCAACCACCCUCGUUGAAGAAGGCCUCUACCCUACUUUGAAAGACGACCAAGCCGUGCUAGACUUCACAACACAGACCCAUCGUUGUGUCAUCCAUUUUGCCCAUCCGGAUUUCGCCCGAUGCGGGGUCAUGGAUGAGCAUAUCCGGACGUUGGCAACACGGCACCAUGAGGUGCGCUUCGCGCGCGUCGAUGUGCGCAAUACCCCCUUCGUGGUGGACAAGCUGAGCAUACGAGUCCUUCCUUGUGUAAUUGGGUUCAAGGACGGAAUUGGUGUCGAGCAAAAGCGGCUGCUUUGGAAAGGGAUCCUCGCGCAGACGAAGUUCAAAAAUAGUGAGGACGAUUCUGAUAUAUCUGAGGGUGGCAGUGGCGACGAAGGGUCCAGCAGGAGACGGCCAGGUACUGGGCGACGGACUAUUCGGAACGGAAAUGGACGACACCAUGGAGGCGAUGAUGACGAUGACGACGACUGGGACUGAGAUGGCAGUAUGCACCGUUAAGCUCUUUUCUACACCAGCAUGACCAAGUUGGUCUCUCUCACCUGAGGAGAACAGCCAUAGCUCUGGCUUGCAAAUCACAAUCUGGUGUGCAAAUGAUCAUAGACAUCUUAAGUGUCCAAGGCAUAUGCAAUUAGGCUAAUACUGCCACUCAUAAUCAUGUUUGCGUGCCUUGUACAGUGAGACCUAGUGGCCUUUUUGGGGGUUGGGGGGUGGGGGAUGAAGGAUGAAAGAAUGGUGUCUUCCCCAUCCUCUCGCAAUGAGAAGUUAGGUUUUGCCAUGUCAAACACAUGAUGGGAGACAGCAGCCGGAAAGGCCAUUCAUAAGCACAUGAAACUUUCUUUCAGGAGCGUAAGUGAAGAGAAUGGUCACUUAGGAAAACGAGUAGGAGGACCCUUCAAUCAUGAGAG